AGUGGCACGUAAGGCUCAACCGGACAGGGCCGCGGACCCCGGCCGCGGAACCCCGCGCCUCGCGGCGUUUUGGGCCGCCCACCCGCGAUGGGUGAGGAGGGUACCCCUGCCGAAGGCGCUGAAAAGACCGAGACGCCCGGGGCCACAGCGAGCGAGGCUCCGGAGGCUCCGGCGCCGGAGGAGGCUCCGGCAGCGGAGGAGGCUCCGGCACCGGAGGAGGCUCCGGCUCCGGAGGAGGCUCCGGCUCCGGAGGCGGCAGGCGAGGCUGCGGCUCCGCCAGGGGAGGCUGAAGAUGCCCCCAUGGAAGGGGCAGAGGAACCUGACGAGAAGAGAGAAGGAGAACCGCCAGGGCAGGACGAACCCAUGGAGGAGGCUCCAAAUGGUCAGGAAGAGCAUCCAGACGAGUCAGGUGAUCAACCAGAUGUUGGUGACUGGGAGGUGGAGGAGGACGCCAUGAAAGACGAAGGUGAACCCGGAGAUGAGGAGUUUCAUGGUGAACAUCGAGAAGGACCGGAAGAUGGAGGUCUAGAGCAAGGUGGUCAGGGUGAGAAGGACGAGGAGGCAAAGGAGUGCGCCGCGGAGACCGAGACAGAGACCAAGGAGACGGUGAAGAAGGAACCGGAGAAACCGUACGUGGAGUGCGAAGAAGACGAGCUUCUCACGGAGGAGUCGCGGACGUCGCUGGUGGCGCCCGGCACCUUCCAGGCCAGUCGUCGCUUCUCCACCGUGAACGUGAUGUCCACCUCGGACAGCCGCGUGUUGAUUCCGAUGAGCGAUCAAGGGUUGCAUCAGCUGCUGGGGGCCGUGAAGGCGACGGCGGGGCUGAGAAGCGGCAGAUAUCUCUUUGAGGUGAAGGUCUUCGAAGUGAGGAGCCCACCUGACUACAACCGCCGGCAACGAGGCAAAUCCACGCAGCACGUGGCCAUCGGCUUUUCGACGAGGGAGAGCUCGCUCUUUGUGGGCGAUGGUGAGGAGAGCAUCGGCUUUGACACUGAAGGGUGUCUCCUGAUGAAUGGCCGGAAGAAUUGGAUGGAGGGCCUCAGCGACCGGAUUCCGGUCGAACGGAACCUGGUGCUGGGGGUGGUGCUGAACCUGCUGGCGGAGCACCCCAACAGCCAAACCUUGAGCCUGUUCGUGAACGGCUGCCGCGUCGGCCGCCCCCAGCGUUUACCCGAUCGCCUCAAGGACAAGACGCUCUAUCCGACGAUCAACUUCAAGAAUGUCACACUCCACGCGAACUUCGACGAGUUUGAGCCCUUGGCUCCACUGCCCUUUGCCUGUCGGACGCUGCACGUGGCGGCGAGAGAGGAUGUGGAGAUACUACCGGAGCCGGAAGGGAAGCAAGAGGUGAUCUUCCCCAUUGGAAUGCCUGAUGAGGGCACACGUGCCUUCUUAGAGGAGUUCCAAAAGGAGAAGGAGGCCUCAGGGCCCUAUGUGGAGCUCAGCAUGGAGUCCCUGAAAGCUUGGGCCCAUCUGAGCGGCGUGGCGCUGAGGGACCUGGACCUGAAUGCCACACGGGAGAUGAUCGAGUCGCUGGCGCCCUUCACACGACAGAGUUUUCUCGUCAAAGAGCUGCAGAAAUACCUGGUGCCCAGUGCUCGCAGCACACUGCGGACCUUCGACCCCGCCCGCUUCAAGCGGACGGCGGUGGUCAUGAUGGGCUGGCCACCAGAGGCCUUCAGGGAAAAGGUCCGAGCCAAGCUGCGGGCCGAAAAGCAGGAGAAGGUGGCGUCCGAGCUCCGAAGAAGCCAGGCCAGCAAGGCAGAGGCGAAGAAGCCGGAGAACGGUGGCACGGAAGAGACGGAGGCGCAGCAGCCAUCGCAGGAAGACUUGGAGGCAGAGGUGACAAAAGCCAAGGAUGCUGUCGUCAUCUCCGAGGACGAAGAGCGAGCGUAUCUGGAACGCAUGGUCGAUGAGCAGCAAGAGAAAGAGAUUGCCAAAUCCUUCGGGAACUUCAGCCUCCCCAAGAAAGAGGAAGGUUUCGAGGAGAUCCUGUGGGCGUGGCAGGCGGAGGAGCAGUGCCUGGAACACUUGCAGCGCUGGGUGGCGGAGAAAAAGCUCAUGCAACGGGUGGACGAGUUGCGGCCCAAUGAGUGGUUUCGAGAGAAGCUGCGUCAGUGGCAAGAGGCCUUCAGCCAAUGGAAGCGGGCUGCCGAGGAGUGGCGCAAAACCAAGCCUCCCACCCCUCCCAGGAACGAAGAGGAUGAGCCUCAGGUGGUUGAAGAGGUGGAUGUCUGGAAAGCUGCCAAUAUCAUGGACAUAGGCGACGGGGAGCCGCUCUUUGGGAAGUUCACCUGGGAAGACUGGAUGAUGUUGGACCUCCGGGUUCAGCUGCACUUAUUGGUGCACGGCUAUAAGCAUGCCAUGAAGGAUCCCGAUCGAGUGACCUUCCACGAACGCCACACGGAGUUCUACUUCGAGAUUUUCUAUCGACGGGCCUUGAGCCUGAAGAAUUUCGGCGUGAGCAAGGUCGUGGAGUUGCUGGAGAUGGUGAAUGACACCAUGGGACUUCACCCCACGAAAUGUGUGCUGGAACCCCAGAUGAAGGAUGACGCGCCCUUCGAGAACCUUCUACGCCUGGUGGAAGAUGCUCGCCGCUUGCGUUGGCAGCGCUUAGAUGCGGGGGACGAGCUGGCGGCCCUAAACCUGGUUCCCCCAAGCUCCGCCACCCGCGGUGCCGGUGCUCGCCCCGUGGGCAGUGGGGCGCAUGGUGGAUAUGGGGGACGGGCACACUCCUCCAAUUACACCGGGCGGCAGGAGUUCCGUGGUGAGGACACCAAGGGCGAGUCCCGUGGCCGUUGGGGCGACCGUGGCAAAGACCGCGGGAAGGGCGAGCGCGGCCGCUGGGAGGAGAGCGGUGGCCGCUGGGAGGACCGAAGCAAAGGCCGAGGCUAUGACCGGGAUCCCAAUAGCCGCUAUAACGCGCGGGACGGCGGCGGCCGCGACAGCAGCGGCCGCGACGGGUGGCGCGACGCAGGUGCUCGCGACAUGGGCAGCCGAGACGCGGGCGGCGGGCGCCCGGCCAACCGACGGCCGCCGCCGGCGCCGCCUGCGCCGCGGGAGUAUGCCAAGAGGUACCCAGAAGAGCUGGAGCGACCCGGUGCUCGGUCUCGCGCCCGCAACGACGAGGGCGGCCGCGGCUACGACGCGCGUGGCGGCAGCGGCGGCGGCUACGGUGGCGCGGGCGCCGCGUAUGGCGGGAGCGACGCCUACGACGGCGGCUACGGCUACGGGGCGGCCUCGCGGUCGCGGAGCGAUCGGCGGAACGAGCCGCGGAUGGAUGUCCGGGUAGAGAGGCCGGAUCGAGGUGGAUACCAGGAUAGGCGUCCUCAGCCGCCGCCGCCCAGCCGCCCCCCGCCCCGUUAUGGUGGCGGCUAUGGUGACGGGCCCCGCGGGGGAGGGAGAGCACGGUGAUCGCACUUAGAUGGAC